GGACUCUGGGCUCUCCAACCUGGCCCCUGAUCUACAGCCGGAGAAAGGAGCCUGUCUAGGGAAGAGAUCUAGAAUCAACUGAGAGAUACAUUCUCAAAUCACCAGUUACUGUAAUGACAAGAAACUAGAAUGUGUUUAGUGCUUGAAGAAAGGAACCGGCCCCAGGAGAGAGAAGAAAAAGUAGAGUGCAUAAUUAUCCCCUCUCCAGGGGACAUCGUGGAGCAAAGUUCCUGAGCCGCCAGAGCUGAGGAAUUACCUUUACCACCUGAGCAGCAAUCUGAAGACCUACUGCGCAUAGAGGAAAGACCUGGGCAGCGCACCCUGGGCGUCAUGGCCUGCCUGCUGGCCUCCGAAGUGCAGCAGCUGCUCCACAACAAGUUCGUGGUCAUCCUGGGAGACUCUGUCCACAGGGCCGUGUACAAGGACCUGGUGCUCCUGCUGCAGAAGGACCUCCUACUCACUCCCACGCAGCUCAAGGCCAAGGGGGAAGAGAGCUUUGAACAGGACAAGCUGGUGGACGGAGGCCAGCGGGGCCCCAUGCACAACGGCACCCAGUACCGGGAGGUCCGCCAGUUCUGCUCCGGCCACCACCUGGUGCGCUUCUACUUCCUCACCCGCGUGUACUCCAGCUACCUCAAGGCCAUCCUGCAGGAGCUGCAGUCCAGCAAGCACGGCCCCCCGGAUGUGAUCAUCAUGAACUCCUGCCUCUGGGACCUGUCUAGGUACGGUCCCGACUCCUGGAAGAGCUACCUGGAGAACCUGGAGAGCCUGUUCGAACACCUGGGCCAGGUUCUGCCCGAGUCAUGCCUCCUGGUGUGGAACACAGCCAUGCCCGUGGGCAAGCAGAUCACUGCGGGCUUCCUCCCGCCGGAGCACAGGCCCGGCGAUGCCUCGCUGAGAGAAACAGUCAUUGCAGCCAACUUCCACAGCUCUGUGGAAGCGAAGAAACACGGCUUCGACGUGCUGGACUUGCACUUCCACUUCCGCCACGCGGGGCGCCACCUGCAGCGCGACGGAGUGCACUGGGACGAGCGCGCGCACCGCCACCUCUCCCAGCUGCUGCUGGCCCACGUGGCCGACGCCUGGGGCGUGGAUCUGCCCCAGCGGAACCCAGUGCCUCCCUCCAUCCGGGUUGGCCCCGCGAGGACCAGACCUGGCCGGGGAAUUGAGAGACGACCCCAGGCCAGCCCAGGUCCACCUGCCUUGGCUCCUUCUGGGUACCGCCCCCUGCUCCCACUUCAGCAUGCACCCCGGCCCCCACCUCCCCGCCUGCCCAUGGCCCUACAUCCUCGUCCCUUUCCCGUUCAGGUGAUGAGCCGGUUCCUAUUCUGUCCCCGAGGUAACUCUCUUGCUUCAGACCCCCCUUUCCAGUCCGAUCAGUUCUCCUCAAACGAUUUCCAUUCAGAUGUCCCCUCACCUACCCAGACAGGAUUCUCCUUUGAAGAUGAUACCCAGCCACCUAUGCCCCCUUUCCACACACCCUACCAGCAGCGGCCCCCUGUGGUUCAUAGGGGUUUCCCCCGGUAUGUACCUCCUGGCCCUUAUGGGCCCUGGGGUCGUCGGCCCAGAUCUUCCAAGAGAUGGGCCCCAUCCCACCCACACCCCAGGCCUCAGUAAACUGACUUGGGGGCCUUUCUCCUCAUCAUGGACAUGGACUGGGCAGAUCAUCUGACUCUCCCGAAACAGACUGACCUUGUUAACAGAAGCCUUUGGUCCCUGCUUGGACUUCUUUUUGGUCAUUGCUGUUACUAAUAAAAGCAGGGAAGAGCAGUCUCAACCAUUUUUGUUGGCUGAUGGCCUUUUCCUCCAGUCUCUGGCAGUGACCACGCAUUAUUCUGCCUCUCCACUCCUUGCCCUCUUUGUGUUUUUGUAAACAUAACAUUGAAAUAAAGAAGUAGUUUCACAAAAGUA